GCGGCAAACUUCAGACCGUUGGCAAGUAAACAAGAAACGUGGUUUCUGGGUGUUUUGAUUCUGGUUUUACUAGAGAGAUUGCACGGGAAAUCAGCGGGAAAUCAUGGUGUUCAAUCAUUCUGUGAAAGUUCCGACGCAGUACAAAGUGGCCAGUAAGAUUCUUCAGAAAUAUGAGGAAGAGGGAGCGUCAAUGAGGAGUAUGAUUUAUGAACAGAAACACGCGCGCAUAAAUCGACUCUGUGGGCUGAUUACAAAGAUCUUGCAGCAAAAGCCCACACUGGACGCAGUGAUUCAACGUAGUGAAAUUAUGGAAAAGGAGCAGCGCUUGAAUCCCUUCCUCUGCAAGAUUCUUGUGGCGGAAUUGCUAAUCGGUUGCGGAAAGCUGAAUGGCAAUUCUAAGCCCGUGCAGACUGUGCUGUCGUAUGAGAAGAAGCUGCGCAAAUUGUACAAGAAAGAGACCGAAGGCAAGGAAGAGAUAGUCAGCGCCCCCGCGGAAGAAUUGCAGCUUCCACGCUACAUCCGGAUAAACACACUGAAGGUGAAGGCACGAGAGAUCCUCGAGAUCUUGAGCAUGGAGGAGGGCUGGAGACAGCUGCCGGCUGCUGCUUCGUACACCGAAUACCUGGAAACUGUUCAGAACUUGCAGAACAGAGAAUUCAUUGAGGAUUUCCAUGUGGUGAACCUCUUCGCGUUUCCUCCCAAUUCGCGAAGAUAUUGGGCCACGCAUCGCCUUGUAGAGGACGCCAGUGUUGUGCUGCAGAACAAAUCAUCUUGCUUGGCGCCUCUGCUCCUGGCGCCCUCGAGAAAGUCUCGAGUGUUCGAUAUGUGCGCAGCUCCUGGCCUGAAGACCAUCCAAAUGGCUGAGAUGAUGAAGAACAAGGGCGUGAUUUAUGCCGCUGAGAAUCACGACAGGCGAUACAGCACUCUUCAGCAGUUCGCCUCGAAUUCCGGUAGCACAAUAGUCCAGCCACUCUUCAUGGACAGUCUCGCUGUUUUCGACAACGACGUGCCUGGAACCGAGUACAUCUUACUGGAUCCUUCUUGUUCCGGCAGUGGCGUUCUGCAGCAGAUCCAGACGCGUGAGCGCACGGAAUACGAUAAAGACCGAAUCGAGAGACUGUCGAGACUGCAGCUGAAGCUUCUCUGCCACGCCAUGAAGAACUUCCCGGCGGUGAAGAGGAUUGUCUACUCCACGUGCUCAAUGAAUAUCCAGGAGAAUGAAAUGGUCGUUCAGCAGGCGCUCAAGCAGUUCAAGAACUUCAGAAUAAAGUGUCCUCUGGAGCAGCUGAGGGGCGAGUGGAGGAACUUUGGGUCGCCGGAGGUGAAAAGAAUUGGCAAGAAUUGCAUCUAUGCUGUGCCAGAAAUUGAUGGCACGACGGGAUUCUUCAUUGCGGUGCUAGAGCGGAAGGAGGCGCGCUAGAUA